AUCAAUUAAGAGGAUAUAGAAAUACAUUGUUAGUGUUAUAAAUUCAGGAUAAGGAAUCGCCCAGAGGAACGCAACGAGACAUAAAACUAGUCUGGUUCAGGAGGUGGUUCGUUCUGGCAGUCAGAAAUGUAGUGCAUAGACAUCAUUGGCAUGAAGAUGUCUUGUUUGGUGAGGCAAAUAAGUCCAUCAGCAUGCAGAGAAGUAUCGUCACUGGGGUUCUUGCACCAAUGUUGGAGGAAACUGUGUUUAGAGGAUUUCUAAUGGCAUCCUUGACUAUGUGGCCGAAAGACCAAGGUGGACUUGGCAUUCAUGACCUUCAGGUCAAGAAUGAUGCCUUACUUAGUAAAUGGUUGUUCAAACUACUUACUGAGGAUGGUGUUUGGCAAACCCUGCUGCGCAAUAAGUAUCUAGGCCAAAAAGCUAUGUCACAGGCCUAUUGGAAACCUGGUGACUCACACUUUUGGGCUGGUCUAAUGGCGGUGAAGAAACACCUUUUCUGUUUUGGAUCCUUUGCGAUAAAAGAUGGGUCGGAGAUUCGUUUCUGGGAGGAUAACUGGCUGGGCAAUGCCAGCCUCCGAGAACAAUAUCCAGCUUUGUACCGCAUUGUUCACGAUAAGAAUGAUACUCUAGCGCAGUGCCCUUUAUCGGAAAAAAUAUAUAAUUUGUUUAAUCAGGUUUUCUACCCUAGUAUCUGCACAGCUGUGGUGUUUGCCUUUACUCAUCUUACACCAGGGGAGUUUCCCCAACUUUUUGUGCUUGGUGUGGCACUGGGAAUCUCAUAUUCUCAAACUCGGAAUCUUCUUACUCCUAUCGCGCAAUCCAUGCUGCUUGGAAUAUUCUUACUAACCUUUCUUCACGUAUAUAUUUUUUCCAACCGGGCAUCCCCGUUUCCAUUAAUUUCUCAACGGAAAGAUAGCAACCUCCAGAUCAGUCUAUUUAUAUUACAACCAAAAGCAACACCCUCGCAACAGCAGAUAACCAAGAACUAGGAAACUAGGAAAGAAGGGAGCGAGCUGGGGGCACUAUCAGGAAACCCGCUGAAGCUGCUCGGAAUCGAAACAGCUACCACGGGACAAAACCUGAUACCACCUAGUCUAACAGUUCAGGAGAGAAUAACAAGUUCCAUGAUAAUAGACCAUGAACCCUAACUGAAAAAGCAGCACCGA